UGAUUCCAAAGAAGAAAAAACAAGAGCUCUCCGAUCUUCGAUAAGCUCGAACAGCCUUCAGCGGCGACUCUCAUCGUUCGCUCUUUUGUUGUCUCUGUUGCGAAAUUAGACGAAUCUGCUCUUCGGUUCUGUUUGGUGUUCGUCUUCGAAGGCUUUGCUUGGUGUCGCGAAUUGUUGUUGAAUUUCGUUUAGAUCACAGAUUUCUCGAUUUUUUUCUCUCUAACGUACUACUCGCAGGUUAUUGCGAUCUUGUCGGUGCUUUUGUUUCGCUUUCUUUUUGUGUUGUUUGAAAAUGGAUGCAGGAAUUAGGAACGCUUCUUCACUCUUGAAGCCUUGCGGUCAGUGGCUAUUUCCACCAAGGUUUCUUCCCGCAGUAAAUUCCCGCGACAAUGCCGAUAGAUUCAUACCAAACAGAUCCGCCAUGGAUUUCGACUAUGCUCAUUACAUGCUGACCAAAGGGCGGAAAGAGAAGAAGAAAACGACCACAACCACAGAGGUGAGUUCCCCAUCUAAAGAGGCCUAUAGGAAUCAAUUGGCUGAGAUAUUCAGCAUGAACCGGACCCGCAUUCUCGCCUUCAAGAACAAACCUCCUGCUCCCGUGAAACUGCUUCCCAGCGACCAAUCUGUACCUCUUCACUGGCAGCCUAAAUCUAUGAAGCCUCAUAGAAACAUUCCUCAGAAGGCUGUGAGUAUACUUGAUGCCCCUGAAAUCAAGGAUGACUUUUACCUCAACUUGCUGGAUUGGGGGAGCAAAAAUGUUCUCGCUAUAGCAUUGGACCAAACUGUAUAUUUGUUGGAUGCUUCCAGUCGUUCGAUAUCCGAGCUUGUGACGGUUGUUGAUGAGAAGGGGCCUGUGACAAGUGUCAAUUGGGCGCCUGAUGGUCGUCAUAUUGCAGUUGGCCUUAACAAUUCUGAAGUGCAGCUAUGGGAUUCUGCUUCCAACCGAAUGCUGAGGACGUUGUGCGGUGGACACACCUCUAGAGUAGGAUCAUUAGCAUGGAACAAUCACACCUUGACAACUGGAGGAAUGGAUGGACAGAUCAUCAACAAUGACAUUAGGAUUAGGUCACAUAUCGUGGGGACUUACAGGGGCCACAGGGAUGAGGUCUGUGGGCUGAAAUGGACAGAAUAUGGCACGAACCUUGCAAGUGGUGGAAACGACAAUCUCGUACACAUAUGGGAUCGGUCCAUGGCAUCUUCAAACUCACAUACGCAAUGGCUUCACCGGCUGGAGGAUCAUACAUCUGCAGUUAAGGCUCUUGCAUGGUGUCCAUUCCAAGGGAACUUGCUUGCAACAGGGGGUGGUGAAAGAGAUGGUGCUAUCAGAUUCUGGAACACAAACUCUGGAGCUUGCUUGAAUUGUGUCGAAACUGGUUCCCAAAUUAGUGGUCUGAUAUGGAGCAAGAAUGAAAGGGAAUUGCUUAGCUGUCACGGGUUUGCACAGAAUCAGCUUACACUAUGGAAGUACCCAUCAAUGGCGAAAAUGGCAGAGCUCACAGGUCAUACCUGGAGAGUCCUAUCUAUGACCCAGAGUCCCGAUGGUUGUACGGUUGCUUCAGUGGCAGGAGAUGAAACACUGAGGCUCUGGAAUGUUUUCGGGGAUCCAAAGGCAAUUACAAAAGCUGCUGCUAAAGCCAAUCCCAGACCUUUUUCCCAUGUGAGGCAUCAUAUACGGUAAAGACCAGAGUCAGAUUUGUACAGAUACGUACACCUCCUGGUAUUCAGGUACAAACAGAUGAUAUAUGGAGGUUUGUGUAUAUUUUCACUGGAAGCUCGGGUGUACUUUGACUCUUCACUUUUAUAUCCAAAUGUAACAGAGAGAAUGUGCUAUGGCUCAUAGUUGUAUGAUGACAACUAUAUUAUAACAAUACCAUAAUUGAAACCCAGAAUAAUCAAAGUAUUCACACCUAUAAGGUCGGAUGUUUUGUAUCCUA